UAAAUAUAAAAUAUAUGCCACGAAUCUUAUUGUGUGUUCUCCUUGUAGACGUCACAGAGGAAUACUAAAAACACUGUGUCAGUCACACAUAUCAAAAAGCAAAUUCAGGUUUAAGAGAAUCGAUGUCGUGGAACUAGAUCUUGCUUUGCACCGAGUAUAAAACAGAGAUAUAAAUCCAAUGGGUGAGAAGAAAGUGACAGAGGAGAAAGAAGAAACGAUGAAGAGCAAGACCUCUCUUGUUUUCGCCGUUAAUGGAGAAAGAUUUGAGAUCGACCUCUCUUCCAUUGAUCCUUCAACCACACUCAUCGAUUUCUUGCGUAAUAAGACUCCUUUCAAGAGCGUCAAGCUCGGUUGUGGCGAAGGUGGUUGUGGUGCUUGCGUUGUUCUUCUUUCAAAGUACGAUCCCCUCCUCGAAAAGGUCGAUGACUUCACAGUCAGCUCGUGCCUCACGCUCCUCUGCAGCAUCGACGGCUGUUCCAUCACAACCUCAGAAGGCCUCGGCAACAGCAGAGCCGGGUUCCACGCAGUCCACGAGCGCAUCGCCGGUUUUCACGCCACGCAAUGCGGUUUCUGCACGCCCGGUAUGAGCGUCUCCAUGUUCUCUGCUCUCUUAAACGCCGACAAGACACAUCCUCCUCGCGCUGGCGUCUCAAACCUAACAGCUGCAGAAGCAGAGAAGGCUGUCUCCGGGAACCUAUGCAGGUGCACUGGAUACAGACCGCUAGUGGACGCUUGCAAGAGUUUCUCAGCUGAUGUGGAUAUCGAAGAUCUCGGGUUCAAUACUUUUUGCAAGAAGGGGUUGCCUUGUUAUGACCAUACACUUUCCUCUCAGGUCUGUACGUUUCCUGAGUUCUUGAAGAAGGAACUCAAGAGUCUUGAUGAUGAUCCAAGAAAGUACAGAUGGUCAAGCCCUGUUAGUAUCUCUGAGCUUCAGAGUUUAUUAGGGCUUGAAAAUGGAGUGUCGGUUAAGUUAGUUGCUGGUAACACUAGCACCGGUUAUUACAAAGAAGAGAAAGACAAGAAGUACGACAGGUUUGUCGAUAUAAGACGGAUCCCUGAGCUCACUGUUGUAAGAAGAGACGAGAAAGGAGUUAAGCUAGGAGCUGCUAUUACUAUCUCAAAAGCUAUUGAGGUUCUAAGAGAGAAAGAAAGUGUUCUCAUCUUGGCGAAAAUCGCGUCUCACAUGGAGAAGAUUGCAAGCAGAUUCGUGAGGAACACGGGGACUAUAGGCGGAAACAUCAUCAUGGCGCAGAGGAAACACUUCCCUUCAGAUCUCACAACCAUACUGGUCGCCGCUCGAGCCACCGUGAAGAUCAUGAGUACCGGCUCAGGUGUUCAAGAACAGUACACACUUGAAGAGUUUCUUCAACGUCCUCCUCUUGAAGCCAAAUCUGUUCUCUUAAGCCUUACGAUACCUUCUUGGCGCCCCGUGAAGAACGGUUCCACUCACAGAGCCGGUCCUGAGCAUAGCCAGAUGAAACAUUCGCUUUUGGAUACUCAUUUGCUAUUUGAAACAUACAGAGCAGCACCGCGUCCUCUAGGAAACGCAUUGGCGUUUCUUAAUGCAGCUUUCUCAGCUGAAGUGUCUUUGAAUAAAGCAGGUGAUGGUGUUGUAGUGAAUGAUUGCUUGUUAGCUUUUGGUGCUUAUGGGACCAAACAUGCACAUAGGGCGAAGAAAGUCGAAGACUUCCUUGCGGGUAAAGUUAUCUCUGAUGAAGUAUUGCUGGAAGCUAUUAGCUUACUUAAAGAUGAGAUAGUACCUGAUAAGGGUACUUCAAACCCUGGUUAUAGAUCAAGCCUGGCUGUUACUUUCCUCUUUGAGUUCUUUGGAUCUUUAACUACAAACAGUUGGCUCAACGGAGGAUGCAAAGAGCCUUUGAGACCUGUAGCUAUGUUGUCAUCAGCACAACAGAUAGUUGAGAAUCAAGAAUACAGUCCGGUCGGUAAAGGCAUAGAAAAGACUGGAGCUAAGCUUCAAGCAUCUGGUGAGGCUGUGUAUGUAGACGACAUUCCUUCACCGGAGAACUGUCUGUACGGUGCAUUUAUAUACAGUACAAUGCCUCUGGCAAGGAUCAAGAGUAUAGGGUUCAAGGAGAACAGAGUUCCAGAGGGAGUUCUUGGCAUUAUAACUUAUAAAGAUAUCCCCAAAGGUGGGCAAAACGUUGGUACUAAAGGUUUCUUUGCCUCUGAUCUUUUGUUUGCUGAAGAAGUCACCCAUUGUGCCGGUGAGAUCAUCGCCUUUUUGGUUGCAGAGAGUCAAAAGAUUGCAGAUAUUGCAACAAAGCUUGUUGUGAUUGAUUACGACACCGAGGGGUUAGAAGAGCCUAUACUAUCUGUAGAAGAAGCUGUCAAGAAGUCUAGUCUUUUCGAGAUCCCUCCAUAUCUGCGUGGUAAACCGGUUGGUAAUAUCAACAAGGGAAUGUCUGAAGCUGAACAUAAGAUUCUUGGAUCAAAGAUAAGUUUCGGGUCACAGUACUUCUUUUACAUGGAGACACAAACGGCUCUUGCGGUGCCUGAUGAAGACAACUGUAUGUUGGUUUAUAGCUCAACUCAAGCUCCUGAGUAUGUACAUAGAACCAUAGCUGGAUGUCUUGGAGUUCCUGAGCAUAAUGUCCGUGUGAUCACUCGACGUGUUGGAGGUGGCUUUGGUGGGAAAGUCAUGAAAGCAAUGCCGGUUGCUGCAGCUUGUGCACUUGCAGCAUCCAUAAUGCAACGUCCAGUGAGGACAUACGUGAACCGGAAAACAGAUAUGAUAACUACUGGAGGAAGACAUCCAAUGAAGAUUACAUACAGUGUUGGAUUCAAGUCCAAUGGGAAGAUUACUGCUUUGGACUUAGAGCUGCUACUUGAUGCAGGGCUAAGCGAAGAUGUAAGCCCACUUAUGCCAUCAGGGAUACAAGGAGCAAUGAUGAAGUAUGAUUGGGGUGCUCUCUCUUAUGAUGUAAAAGUUUGCAAAACAAACACUGUGAGCAGAACUUCAGUUAGAGCUCCUGGAGAUGUACAAGGAUCUUAUAUAGCUGAAGCGAUCAUUGAAAAGGUUGCUUCAUAUCUUUCCAUUGAUGUCGAUGUGAUCAGGAAGGUUAAUCUCCAUACAUAUGAGAGCUUAAGGCUGUUUCAUAGUAACAAAGCUGGUGAACCCACUGAGUAUACUCUACCACUUCUUUGGGACAAACUAGCUGAGUUCUCAGGUUUUAACCAGAGGAUAAGAGUGGUUGAGGAGUUCAAUGCGUUGAACAAAUGGAGAAAGAGAGGGAUCUCGCGUGUGCCCGCGGUUUAUGGAGUGCCAAUGAGGUUCACACCAGGAAGAGUAAGCGUGUUGAGUGAUGGGUCAAUAGUUGUUGAGGUUCCAGGGAUUGAGAUAGGACAAGGGCUAUGGACAAAGGUGAAACAGAUGGUUGCAUAUUCACUUGGACUGAUCCAGUGCGGUACUACAAGCGAUGAGCUUUUGGACAAGAUCCGUGUCAUCCAAGCAGACACGUUGAGUUUAGUACAAGGCUCGGUAACUGGUGGUAGCACAACCUCUGAGGCUAGCAGUGAAGCGGCGAGGAUUUGCUGUGAUGGCUUAGUGGAAAGACUUUUACCUGUACAUGCUGCUUUGGUGGAGAAAACAGGUGGACCUGUGACUUGGGAGAGCCUCAUCAGUCAGGCUUAUCAACAAUCUAUAAACAUGUCGGUUAGUAACGUAUACACGCCGGAUAUCUCCACUGGCUACUACCUUAACUAUGGAGUUGCAGCGAGCGAGGUUGAAGUAAACAUAUUGACUGGUGAAACAACGAUUCUGCGCACGGAUAUUAUCUAUGAUUGCGGGAAAAGUCUCAACCCUGCUGUGGAUUUAGGACAGAUUGAAGGAGCAUUUGUGCAAGGACUUGGGUUCUUCAUGCUUGAAGAGUACCUAAUGAACUCAGACGGUCUCAUAGUAACAGACAGCACAUGGACUUACAAGAUCCCAACGGUCGACACAAUCCCAAGACAGUUUAAUGUCGAGAUUCUCAACAGUGGACACCACAAGAACCGUGUUCUUUCAUCCAAAGCUUCGGGUGAACCACCGUUGCUUUUAGCGGCUUCUGUUCACUGUGCGGUCCGAGCAGCUGUUAAAGAAGCCAAGAAGCAGAUUCAGACCUGGAGUAAUGAUAACCGAGAAGGGAUUGAUCUGAGCUUUGACUUGCCUGUUCCAGCAACAAUGCCUGUUGUGAAGGAGUUUUGUGGACUUGAUGUUGUUGAGAAAUACUUGGAAUGGAACAUCCACCAGAAGAAGAACUUUUGAUAUCGUUCUGUGUUUUAUGUUUCUUUUUUUUUUUUUGGUUACAAGUGGUUGCAACUUAUUUUGAUUGCAUAAGAAUAAUGUUUGGGAUUGCGUGUUAAACAGGUUUAUGUAAUAAGCUGCAUGUAGCAUUAUUCACAAUUGUGGUUUAGGUGUUUGGAUUCAUCACCAUGCAACGUUUGCAUGGGUAUAAGACAAAUGUUAUUCUCAUAUACAGA